AGCCCGGAGGGAGCCGGCGACGAGGGGACCAUGUACCGGGACCCGGAGGCGGCCAGCCCAGCGGCGCCCACCCGCGAUGUCCUGCUGGUCUCGGCCAUCAUCACCGUCAGCGUUAGCGUCACUGUCGUCCUCUGCGGCCUCUGCCACUGGUGUCAGCGCAAACUGGGCAAACGCUACAAGAACUCCUUGGAGACGGUGGGCACGCCAGACUCAGGGCGUGGGCGCAGUGAGAAGAAGGCCAUCAAUGAUCUAGACAGAGACUUUUGGAAUAACAAUGAGAGCACAGUGCAGCAGAAAUGGAGCUCCUACCCUCCCAAGGAGUUUAUUCUAAACAUUUCACCCUACGCCCCUUAUGGCGACCCACGACUGUCCCUCAAUGGCACCCUCCUGGCUGGCGCCAAAGUCGCCGCCGCUGCGGGGCUGGCAGUGGAGCGGGAAGGCCAGCUGGGGGAGAAGCCGGCGCCGGCGCCGCCACCAGGAGAGGACGCCUUGAGAAGCGGCGGCGCUGCCCCCAGCGAGCCGGGCAGCGGUGGCAAGGCGGGGAGAGGCCGCUGGCGGAUGGUGCAGAGCCACCUGGCCGCCGGGAAGCUCAACUUGUCCAAUUUCGAGGACUCCACCCUGUCCACGACCACUACCCUUGAGUCUAUCCCCAGCUCCACGGGAGAGCCGAAAUGCCAGCGACCCUGCACUCUGAUGCGGCAGCAGAGCCUGCAGCAGCCGCUGAGCCAGCACCAGCGGGGCCAGCAGACCAGCCAGCCCACCACCAGCCAGAGCCUGGGCCAGCUGCAGGCCCACACGGCCUCGGUGCCGGGCCCCAACUCUCGGGCCUACGGCCGGGGCCAGGCUCGGCAGGGCUCCUCGGCCGGCUCCAAGUACCGGCCGGCCGGCGGCCGCAGCCGCUCCAACCCGGGCAGCUGGGACCACGUGGUGGGGCAGAUUCGAAACCGAGGCUUGGACAUGAAAUCCUUCCUGGAAGGCCGGAUGGUGGUGCUAUCCUUGGUCUUAGGGCUUUCGGAACAGGAUGACUUUGCCAAUAUCCCUGACCUGCAAAACCCAGGAACCCAGCAGAACGCUCAGGGGGACAAGAGGUUGCCUACCGGAGGGAAGGCAGUGAACACAGCCCCAGUGCCGGGCCAGACGCCCCACGAUGAGUCUGACCGCCGGACCGAGCCUCACUCCUCCGUCUCAGAUCUCGUCAACUCCCUCACCAGUGAGAUGCUCAUGCUCUCCCCAGGCUCUGAGGAGGACGAGGUCCACGAGGGCUGCAGCCGAGAGAACCUGGGCCGGAUCCAGUUCAGUGUCGGCUACAACUUCCAGGAGUCCACGCUCACCGUGAAGAUCAUGAAGGCCCAGGAGCUGCCAGCCAAGGACUUCAGCGGCACCAGCGACCCCUUCGUCAAGAUCUACCUGCUGCCAGACAAGAAGCACAAGCUGGAGACCAAGGUGAAGCGGAAGAACCUGAACCCCCACUGGAACGAGACCUUCCUCUUUGAAGGUUUCCCCUACGAGAAGGUGGUGCAGAGGGUCCUCUACCUCCAGGUCCUGGACUACGACCGCUUCAGCCGCAAUGACCCCAUCGGGGAGGUGUCCAUCCCCCUCAACAAGGUGGACCUGACCCAGAUGCAGACCUUCUGGAAGGAUCUGAAGCCAUGCAGCGAUGGGAGUGGGAGCCGAGGGGAGCUGCUCCUGUCUCUCUGCUACAACCCCUCUGCCAACUCCAUCAUCGUGAACAUCAUCAAAGCCCGGAACCUCAAAGCCAUGGACAUCGGGGGCACGUCAGACCCUUACGUGAAGGUGUGGCUAAUGUACAAGGACAAGCGGGUGGAGAAGAAGAAGACGGUGACAAUGAAGAGGAACCUGAACCCCAUCUUCAACGAGUCCUUUGCCUUCGACAUCCCUACGGAGAAGCUGAGGGAAACAACCAUCAUCAUCACCGUCAUGGACAAGGACAAGCUCAGCCGCAACGACGUCAUCGGCAAGAUCUACCUGUCCUGGAAGAGUGGGCCCGGGGAGGUGAAACACUGGAAGGACAUGAUUGCCCGCCCCCGGCAGCCUGUGGCUCAGUGGCACCAGCUGAAGGCCUGAAUGGGGCCAAGGGAGGCCCAGGGGGCCGAGGGCCUGGGUCCCCACCAUGCCCUCACCACUUUAUGCACAAUGCCUGGCC